AUGGCACAGACGUGGAGUUUUGGUCUGCUCUGCUUCCUCGUGGGGGCAUCAUAUGCGGCUGAGGUCUGUUUUGAUGAGGAGGGCUGCUUCAAUGACCUUCCUCCCUGGGGGGGCACCACUCAGAGACCAGCCUCCAUCUUGCCAUGGGACCCUCAGGAGAUAGGCACCCGCUUCCUCCUCUACACCCAGAGGAACCGCUACUACCAGGAGCUCAAAGCUGACAAAAGCAUCGAGGCAACAAACUACAGCGGGCUGAGAAAGACUCGUUUCAUCAUACCCGGUUAUUUGGAAAAAGGAGAUGAGGACUGGCCACAGGAGACGUGUAAGGUCAUGGUGUCAUGGGAGAAUGUGAACUGCAUCGUUGUGGAGUGGAAGAAAGGUGUGAGGACUCAGUACGCCCGGGCUGCUAGUAACAGCAGGGUGGUGGCUGCUCAGGUGGCAAACAUGAUGAGAUUCCUCAUGGGCAACUACAAGCAGAAAGCUGAUAAGUUCCACAUUAUCGGACACGGCAUCGGGGCUCACGCAGCAGGAGACGUUGGCAGCAGGAUCCCUGGCCUCGCACGCAUCACAGGACUCGACCCGAUUGAACCUUACUUCCAGGACACUGAUGCCGCUGUGCGUCUGGACACCAGCGACGCCCUCUUUGUGGAUGUCAUUCACACUGAUGGACUUCCUUUUGACUCAAAACUUGGUCUGGGGAUGACACAGCCUGUGGGCCACAUCGAUUUCUACCCAAAUGGAGGAGAGCUGAUGCCAGGCUGCUCCGCCAACAGCGGCAAACACACUGACCUGGACGCCUUCUGGCAGGGUACCAAGACGUUCGAUCCCUGCAACCAUGUCCGAGCCUACCAGUACUACAGCGAGAGUAUUGUUAAACCCCGGGGCUUUGUAGGAUUCCCCUGCUCUGACAAGGACAGUUUUGCUAAAGGAAAGUGUUUCCCGUGCACAGACAAGUGUCCGAUGAUGGGCCACUCUGCUGACAAGUUCACUUUGACUGAUGGCUUUUCCAAGACAAAGUACUUCCUCAACACUGGGAAAAGAAAUCCCUUUGGCACUUAUAGCUACAAAAUAUUGGUAACCCUUGAUGGUCCCAGCUGGCCUCAACAAGCCUUUAUGUUUGUGGCGCUUGCCGGAAUGGAGGACAGCACCCAGGAGUACCAGCUUCACGUGGGUACCAUGAGGCCAGGACGGACCUACGAGCUGAUGAUAGACGCUGAGGUGGAUGUGGGUGACGUGACAGAAGUGAAGUUCCGUUGGAACAACCAUAUCCCUAACAUGCUGAAUCCAAAGUAUGGUGCAUCCAAGGUGGAGCUGCAGAGGGGAAAAGACAACAAGAUCUCCUUCUUCUGUGGAACAAAGAAUGUAGCAGAGAACACGAUCCAGUCUGUGCUUCCAUGCCAAGCUUAAUCUGCUACAAUCACCUUGUAACUCAGGAUCUUUAAAUAAAAGUUUUGCAUUCAAACCUCUA